AGAAAGCAAUCCCGCAGAGAAUGAAACAAUUAUGGCAGCUCAUUUGACUACUGGAAAGGUAAACUUGGGUUUACUCCGCGAUUCCUAUCGCCGGGAAUUCAUCGAAUGCCUAGAUCGAUGUCCUGGGACGAAGGAUUUAAUAUGGGAUGAAGGCCUUACUGGCCCUUUUGGGCUUAUAGCGCAGUACACCUUACUGAAGGACCACGAUGUCGUUAAGAUGAAUCUUCUUCGAUUGAUGAUGCUGCCACCAACAAGCUCCCAGGCUGUGGUUUUCAUUGUACGACCCAAGUUGGAAUUAAUGGAACAAGUCGCUCAGACACUCAUUCAGGAGGAUCAGAAAGGAGGAUUCCACAAGGAGUUUAACCUGAUUUUCGUGCCCCGGAAAAGUUUGCUGUGUGAGAAGAAACUAAAGAAAAUGGGAGUCUUCGAAACCUUCUCCAAUAUCGAAGAAUUCAACUUGGAACUAAUCCCAUUCGAUUAUGAUUUACUUUCCAUGGAAAUGGAUUCAGCUUUCAGGGAAUGCUAUUUAGAAAAUGACUACACUUCUUUGUUCUACGCGGCUCGCUCCCUGAUGACUCUUCAGGGUCUUUAUGGCAUCAUACCAAAUAUCUACGGCAAAGGGGAUUGUGCAAAGCAAGUCGUCGACAUGAUGUUACGUAUGAGGCGAGAACAGGGGGGUCGUGAACCCCAACUCACCCCCCAGAUUGAUAAUUUACUCAUCAUUGAUCGCAAUGUGGAUCUGCUCACCCCAAUGCUCUCACAGCUCACCUACGAGGGACUCAUUGACGAGAUUUUCGGCAUUAAUUGCACAAAUGUAAAACUUCCUGCUGAGAAGUUCAUGACGAAAGAACAGCUGAAAGACCACACCAGUGACGUACCCCUGGAACCAAAGAAAAUAGUUCUCGACUCCUCAGACGAACACUUUGCCGAUCUUCGAGACAAGAACAUCGACGCCAUCAACUCUCUCGUCUGCAAGAAAUUAAAACUUCUCUCUGCUCAAUUUGACGAGCGCCACGCGGCCAACACUUUGGACAAACUGAAACAAUUUGUGUCCAAGCUGCCACAUCUGACUGCUGUACGACAGGCCGUUGCCAACCAUCUUUCUAUUGUGGAACUCAUUAAGUCUGCAAUUAGCACUGAUGACUUUAUCGACUGCCACAGAACGGAAAAUGAUUUUAUCAAUGGCUUGGAUACAGACAAACCCAACCCCUUCAUUGAGGACUGCAUUGCCAGGGAGGUACCCUUGCUCAAGGUACUCCGGCUCAUAUGUACCCAGGUGUACUGCAACAAUGGACUGAAACAGAAGGUAUUGGACUUCUACAAACGAGAGAUUAUCCAGACGUAUGGUUUUCAGCAUCUGGUGACUUUGACGAACCUGGAGAAGAUCGGCCUCCUCCGUACUCAGGGACAGAAGACGUACCUGACAAUCAGGAAAUCCCUGCGACUGAUUGUCGACGACGUUAACGAACAGAACCCCACCGAUAUAGCGCAUGUCUACAGCGGCUAUGCACCUCUCAGUAUACGACUGGCCCAGCAUUUAGCCCAGCCUGGUUGGCGGAGUAUCACAGAGGUCCUUAAGUUACUCCCCGGAAGUACAGUGGAGGAAGUUCAACAGAUCCCUGUGGCCCUACGAAAGAGACGGAGUUCCGUAACUUCAAACCAUUCCCAGAAGGUCACGUUGGUCUUCUUCCUCGGAGGCAUCACCUACGCUGAGAUCGCGGCCCUUCGUUUCCUGGCUCAACAAGAUGAUGGCAAUGUUGGUGGUACAGACUACAUAAUCGCCACAACCAAACUGAUCAAUGGUAACAGCCUGCUGGAGUCUGUGAUGGAGAACCUGGAACCAGCGAAAGUCAACCCGUUUUGAGGAUGACCAACACAACCAACAGCAUGUGUGUGUGUGUGUAUAUAUAUAUAUAUAUAUUGGAAGGUUUGGAGAUGAUGUACAGGUAUUUUAUAUUAGAAGAAAUGAGGUACUCAGAAAAUCGGAUGGUUUUAUAUU